GAAACCUAGCAGAAUGGCGACCUAUUGGAAAAUUGUAUCGCAGUUCGUACGUUACAAGUUAUUCAGGUUCGAGAAGGAUGUGGAUUAUUUCUAUUACCUCAAACCGCUGGAAAAGUUUAUCGGUUACAACAUGAAAUCCUGGACCCGUAGACAACGCUUGAUUUGGUUUAUUUACGUCACCCAUCUGGUUGUGAUGUUUCUAGAUCAGAGCGUUAAACUUUACGCUGCCGCAUUCAUCGAAUGGCGAGAUUUGGGCUAUUUCGGUGGAACGGCUGGGCUAUGGUGGUUCCGUGGAAUGAAUCUUGUGCAAAUCCAGCUAAUCCGAUGGACUCAACCGGAACAGGAUCGAAUCCGUGCUUACAUCAACGCCAGACAGAAUAGACCAAAAGAUCCGAAGGCGUUUCAAAAACGUUUUCGUUCAUUUCGUUUUAACGUGAUCUUUGCAUUGUGUCACCUUUUCGUAUAUGUGUUCAACGAGGUUGUUUUGUUUGUCAGCGUAGUCUGGCGAAAGCCGGAAUAUAGAAUGUAUCUGCAUCUAGGCGAACGCCACUGGUUGGCAUCAGUUCUUACCGAAGUGAACACUUUGGUGUGCAUCUUGGUAAACGGAGGCCUAUCGUCGGUAUUUACAGUCACCCUUAUCUCGCAAUUCAAGGCCAUGGAGACCGAGUUAGAAAUUUUGGUUGACAUAUUUGAAACUCUGGAGAAAAACGUCCAUCACUUGCUCAGCGAACAGCCCUCCGGUUCCGUUAACGAUCAUCUUUUCGCGAAAAUUUUAACAACUCAGCUGACCUUAGCUGUGCAGAAACAGCAAACGUUUUUCGAUUUUAUUGAGCAGCUGCAAAAAUUUACGAAGCCGACUCUAUUGCUGUAUUACUACUAUGCGUAUGGCAUGAUGGCCUUGAGUGUUAUGCUUAUCUUAUACGAAACGCAUUCCGGGUUUUAUCUUAUUUUAGUAGGUGUGGCAAUACUAAUUCUAGCUCAGUGGUGGAUUAUUAGCCGAUGUAUUGAAAAUCUCGAGAGCAUGACCAACGAAAUCGGAGACAUCGUCUAUGGAUUACCGUGGCCAACCAAACUUCAGCUCUCACCAAAGCGGAGCAGUGAAUAUCGAGGAACUGUUCAGCUAUACCUACUGAUUAUAACCCGUUGUCAACGAGGACUUAGCUUCAGCUGUGGUGGAUUCUUUAUCAUGUCAAUGGAAAAUUUUGGCUAUCUAGUGAACAUGACUUACAAUUUGCUAACGUUCUUGUUGAGUUUUAGGAAGUGAAAAUCCAGCAUUAAUUCUUAUAAUAUAUCAGAAACGAUUGUUUUCGGGUGGACGAUGGAUUAGGAGAAUAUGCUGAGUUAAUUGUAAAAUUCUAAAAUUUAGUGUAAGCUCAUAUUGUUCUGAACUUCACGCUUUUCACACACGUAGAUUACUGCACUGCACUUAAUAAAAAAGACUCUAGCAGCAAAUCGCGACUAGUUUUUAAUAUGCAUACAC